AUGUCAGACGAAGAGAUCAAGACUCGCAACAUAAGACUGAAACAGCGUGCUACAGCUAAGCGAGACCUUGCUGCAAGUCAUAUUCGUCGCCUACAUGCCUCAACAACAGCAGCAGGAAAUGAUCCAACAGCAAGGAGUCUAGUUAUGACAGCAGUUCAGGACCUGAAUAAUUGGUGGUCACAAUACUCAGUAGAAAGUGAUGCGUUAUUGAACGUUAUGGUUGAGUUGGACGAAAUAGAUCAAUUUUCUCCAGAUGCUGAUGCUGCUGUCUACGCCUUAGUGGUAGAAAUCAAAUCAACUGUCAAUAGUUACGAGCAGGAAGCCUCAAAGUCAUCUAAAGACUCUCAACCAGUUACACAGAUCAGUGAUACGGCAUUAAUAGCAAAUCCAGCUGAAGAUCAUCAGUCGGUUACACAAACUAGUAACGCAGCCAUACUUCCAAAGACAGUCUCCGUCAUGGAAACACAGUCGUCAUCUCGUGUGAGUGGUCCUCCGUCUUCAGAUGCCUCCUUCCGUCCUCAAGUAUCAAUGCGCCUUCCGGAAAUCCCUCUGCCAAAAUUUGACGGUGAUCUCCGUUCGUGGCCAGACUUCCGGGACCGCUUUGUAGAUCUUGUAAUCCGCAACACGGACAUUGAUUCAGACAGCACCAGAUUUUACUAUUUACUUGGGUGCCUUCAAGCUGAUGCGGGUGAAGUACUAAAAGGGAUUCCGGUGACCAAAGACACCUUCCAGUUGGCUUGGAACACGUUAGUAAAGUCAUACGAUAAACCAAGAAAACUGGCCUCGUCAAUCAUUGAGGGUUUUUUGGUUGCUCCCGUAUCCACUUCAGAAUCGCUGGUGGAUCUCAAACGUUUCUUGAGUGUAUUUGAUGAAGGACUAGCAAUAUUGGAAUCGUUGCACUUGCCAGACCUGUGUUCGUUCCUGCUGUUUACCAUUGCUUCAAAAUCCCUUCCAACUCAUACGCGUCGCUUGUUUGAAUCAGAUAAUUCUUCGGAGUACCCAUCAGUGGACAGUGUACUGGAAUUUGUAAAGAAUAGGGUGAGAGUGCUAGAAAAUGCUGGUGGUACUUCAGGGCCAGGGAAGUCGUUUGGUGGUAGCAACAAGAAACCUAAUCCAGGUCCAAUGAAGCAUUACAAUCGCCCAUCGACCAGCCAGACAGCAUUGGUUUCAUCUGUAAAGACCCAGAAACCUAAAGCUACUGAAUCCGACAGGUGUCGGUGCUGUGGGGGAGCUCAUGCAUUAAAAGACUGUGCAAAAUUUUUGGGAUUAUCGGUAGAUGAUCGAUACCAAAUUGUGUGCUCUCACAGACUAUGCUUGGUAUGCUUUGAAAGUGGUCAUAUGUCAUAUAAAUGCAAGUCAUCCUGUAGUGUGUGCAAACGUCGUCAUCAUGGGCUAUUGCAUAAGGACCCUUCUACGUCUGAUCCGUCGUCCAAGGUCCCUAAAGUGGCUAUGUUUGUCAGCCAUCAAAAUCAACUGCCAUCUGUAGUACUAGCAACUGCACUACUUCAUGUCCAAGAUGUGGCUGGAAGUCCACAGACGGUUCGGGCCUUGAUUGAUGGCGGCUCUCAGAUCAGUGCCAUAUCUGCAAAUUGUUGUCAACGACUAGGUCUACGAGCUGCAAAAUGGACGUUACCAGUCACUGGGUUAUCAGAGUUACCUGUGCCAAGCGUUUUGGGUAUUGUAGAUCUACAUAUCCAACCUCGGGAUUCAAGUCAAUCUUCAAUGCCUGUAAGAGCUUGGGUACUAUCUUCCAUAACUUCAGAUAUGCCCACCUCAAAACUACCGUCAACGGUUCGGGAAAGAUGUGGAAAUUUGUCAUUAGCUGAUCCGCUGUUUGAUGUCCCGGCUCCGGUCGAAAUUUUGUUGGGUGCAGACAUAUACCCUAUGGUCUGGUCUCACGAAACUGUCUCGUUAGGUCAUGGAUAUCCAACUGCGUUCAGUUCCAUUUUCGGUUGGGCAAUAGUAGGUCCACUUCAAUACAUAAAGGCUCCAAAUCCUAGGGCUCUACCUGUUCAGAUAUCUUCAUCAGUUGAAUCCCUAAUGGAAAGAUUUUGGAACGUUGAGGAACCGUUGAGGAACCCCGUUGAGGAAGCUGCUCCGCCCGUGUUCACUCAAGAGGGUCAGUGUGAAGAAAUCUUUCUGUCAGAGAUGUACAAGAAUAGUAAAGGACAGUACAUGGUCCCAUUGCCGUUCCGUGAUGGUCAACCUAGUUCUUUUCCUGGAAUGCGACAAAUUGCAGUUAAUCGUCUGUUACAAUUGGAGCGCAAACUAUCUCGAGACCCUGUGUUGUAUGAUAACUACAGAAAGUUCAUGGAGGAAUAUGAGUCGUUAGGACACAUGUCGGAGGCAGAUUCAUCAGGAGUCUACUACAUCCCUCACCAUGCUGUUUACAAGGCCGAAGGGGAAAAUAUGAAAUUAAGAGUGGUUUUUGACGCUUCUGCUCGUUGCAGAUCCGGCUCCUCACUGAAUGAGCGUCUCCAUGUUGGCCCAAAGUUACAGCAAGACAUAGUGGAUGUCCUAACUGGCUUUAGAGUCCAUUCCGUCGCGUUUACCACAGAUAUCUGUAAAAUGUACCGCCAGAUUUGGGUGCUAGAAAAGUACCGCGGAUACCAGCAUAUACUGUGGAGAAAUUCUCCACAGCUCCAGAUCCGGGAGUACACGUUGAAUACGGUGACGUAUGGGGUAAACAGUGCUCCUUAUUUAGCGCUUCGGGUCCUUCGUCAUAUAGCUGAUCAUGAUUGUGAGGAGGUCCCUGAAGUUAGUAAGGCGCUCAAAUCCCAGACAUACAUGGACGACAUCUGUGUUGGGGCACCAUCGUUGGAAUGUGCUUUAUCGUUGAAGUCUGAUUUAAUCAAAACGUUAUCCAGAUCGGGAUUAAUGUUAAAAAAAUGGUCUAGCAAUGAACCGCGGUUGCUAUCAGGUCUCCCGCUGGAAGACUUAGCAGGUGAUCCCCUCACAUUUGACCGUGGUGACGGCAUUCCUGUGCUAGGUAUGCAAUGGCGUCCAACAGCUGAUCAUUUCGCAUACGAUAUUACCGCAAUCAAGUCAGUUUUGUCCAAACGUGGGGUCCUAUCGGUAAUCGCGAGGAUCUUUGACCCGUUAGGGUUUCUAUCGCCUGUUAUUUUCCAUGCCAAGUGUAUUAUGCAACGAUUAUGGUCUGCUCAAACUUCCUGGGAUGAGCCAUUACCGCCAGUCAUUGCUAAGGAAUGGCAACAAUUCAUGGACAUGCUAGGUUGGCUGGCAGAGAUCCGCAUUCCACGUUGUAUUGGUGGUUCCACCGGGAUAGAAUACUCGUUAUGCGGUUUUUGCGAUGCCUCUGAAAGAGGUUAUGCUGCAGUUUUGUACCUUCGUGUGACUGAUCCGUCUCAGAAGGUAAACGUGUACUUGCUCGGAGCAAAAACCAAACUGGCACCGUUAAAAACGACCACGAUACCCAGAUUGGAGUUAUGUGGAGCUGUUUUGUUGGCUUCCUGGUUAUCACGUAUGCAUCGGAUACUUGAAGCGCAUAUGAAGAUAUCAGGUGUUUAUGCUUGGUCGGAUUCAACCAUAGUCCUUUCUUGGUUACUAAAUCCUCACGUUGCCUUGAAGGUCUUUGUGUCCAAUCGCGUCCACCAUAUCAAGACUUUGCUUCCAGUCUGCAAGUGGGCUCAUGUCAGAUCUGAAGAAAACCCGGCUGAUUGUGCGUCACGGGGACUGACUCCGGCAGAAAUUGUAAACGCUCAGCUGUAUUGGUCCGGUCCAGAAUUUUUAAGAUUCGCAGUCGAUCAUUGGGACCUCCAUCCAACUACCAUACCAGGUGACCAGCUACCGGAAGUCCACCCAGUAUCCCUGGUGAUUACGACACCAAUAAGGAAAGGAGAGUGGUUUACGCGGUUUUCAUCAUACAGCAUCAUGAUUCGUGUAAUAGCACGACUGCGUCGAUUCAUUUUAAGAUGUAGACGGCAAGAAACUGUUUCUGGUCAUUUGACACGUUCAGAGCUAGAUGAGGCCUUGUACGUGGCAGUCAAAUGUACUCAGGAAUGCAUGUUGAGUUCUCUACUUCGGGAAUUGUCAAGUGGCAGCUCGGUCUCUUCAAGGGUGUAUGCUAAACUUAGCCCCUUUAUCGAUGAAUUUGGUGUUAUUCGAGUGGGUGGUCGGCUGCAGAAUGCCAUGUGCUCUUGGGAUCGCAAGCACCCAAUACUAUUGCCUAAAGAAUCGCAUUUAUCCGCGUUGAUUGCACGCCAUUGUCACUUAAGUGCAUGUCAUGCCCGAUCAAGGCUCCUUAUCACUUUAAUCAAUAGUCGUUUCUGGAUCAUGGGCGUACGCCGGGUGGCCUAUAAGGCUAUCAAGUCCUGCAUUACUUGUGUAAAGUUGGAUGCAGUGAAUCCUCAACCAAAAAUGGCUGAUCUGCCUGUAUCAAGAGUACAAGCCUGUCGAGCAUUCACAGCAGUGGGAAUUGACUACGCGGGACCAUUAUCAAUGAGAGAAACAAAGUUACGAAAAGCUCGCGAAUACAAGGUUUACAUAGCCUUAUUUGUUUGUAUGAGUACAAAGGCUAUUCAUCUUGAAGUUGUACUUGACCUAUCAACUGAUGCCUUCUUAGCGGCACUGGACAGAUUUGUUGCCCGGCGAGGUGUGCCAACAUCAAUCCACUCGGAUUGUGGGACAAACUUUGUUGGGGCUGCUCGCAAGCUGAAAGAGUUGAUCAACUCGCCCUCGAGUAGGGAUCAAUGUUCCAGUCGUCUGAUGUGUCACUGGAACUUUAACCCGCCUAGUGCACCCCACUUUGGAGGACUUUGGGAGGCUGCGGUAAAGUCUACCAAAUCAUUGCUGACAAGGUCAUUGGGGGCACAGACUUGGACUUUGGAAGAGUUUUCUACAAUCCUAUGUCGGGUUGAAGCUGCGCUGAACUCCAGACCGUUAACUCCUGUGACCCCAGAUCCGGAAGACUUGGACUGUUUGACCCCAGGCCAUUUUUUGAUUGGUCAACCAUUGAUGUCAGUUCCUGAGGAGGAACUCUGUGGGAAGCCAAUGAAUCUACAGCGACGUUGGAAGCUCCUUCAGCAAACGUUUCAGACUUUUUGGCGAAGAUGGUCGUCAGAAUACCUGAAUACUCUGCAAGCUAGGAGUCGCUGGUUGUCAAGCCAAGAAAAUAUGAAGGUAGGAGACAUGGUGGUCAUAAAAGAUGGCACUGCACCCCCACUUCUGUGGCGUUUGGGGCGUAUCCUUGAGGUGAUGCCUAGUAAGGAUUGUCGCGGUCGUUAUCGCAACGGCCGCGGUGUCUCUAUCGACGUCCGCGAGAUCGCGACCGACAACCGGUCUGGCCGCCGCCUGCGGCACGGCCGCCGGCCCGGCCAGCGUCGGUGGCGACGGGUGGCAUCUCUCGUCGGACCGUUGUCAACGCCGCACGCGUAUUAUUAUAAUUUAUAA